GCCCAUUCUCCAGACACGCCUCAGUCUCCGGUCUCGCAGCCACUCAAAGUAAGUAUGGGAAGUGGCGGCGGCUAUUAGUAGGUGUAGGCUGUCAAUCACACCGACCCGCCUCAACGCUUCUCAGACGGGAAGCGCACCGUUCACACAACUUCUCCAGCAGCUGUGGAGCGGGACCUCUGUGAUACCACGCAGUAUCAUCGAGCGACAAACGGCCAAAAUGUAAAGGAUAAGUCGCCGUACACCGCUUUCUGAAAGUAGGUGUGAAGUUGAGAAGUGUAGCGGUGUUAAAAACGAUGCGUAAAAUCGCUGUGGCGCAGCAGGGACGCACAAUAGUCUGUGCGUAAAAAAAGAGUGAGCCAAAGAGGACAGAAGUGAAAAUUCGGUGGUGGAAUCAAACAUUUUCCCGGAUGCAAUGGAUGCGUCAGUGAGCGUUUUGGACAAAAGCUGACGCUGUGAGUAACAAUCGAUUCGACUUAAACAAUUGGCCUCUUCUUUCCAGCGUUUGGCGACAGAGCCGGAGCGGAGCGCGCAGCGGGGCAGCAGAUGCUGGACAGUGACUAAGCCUCACGACUGGAAAGCUCAUGAAUUGAAUUUGUCUGGAGUGCAGACUUUAUGUAAGAAGUAGGACAAGCAUAACGCCGCCCAACUAGUUCUUUCCGUCAUGCGUAGGGACGCUUUGUCGUCCAGCAUCUUGAUGUUAUGAUAGAGUUCAGUUCCUGCGGGUCAGCUCCUCAGAAAGUUACAGCUAGCUGAUGCCACUGGAGCCAGUAGAAAGUUUCAGUCGUUUACAGCCUAUCGUCUACCUCUGAUCGACAUGGACGAGAGCGUUGAGUCCGCCGCGGCCGAGGGUUGCCCGGACGGCGGAGAGAGCAUCAACCUCAGCGUGCUCAACUGGGAGCAAGUGCAGCGGCUGGACACCAUCCUCACCGGCUCCAUCCCCAUCCACGGCCGGUGGAGCUUCCCCACUCUGGAGGUGAAGCCGCGAGAUAUCGUCAAGGUGGUGCGGAGCCGCAUGGAGGAGAAGCGAAUACACGUCCGGGAGGUGCGACUGAACGGCUCCGCGGCCAGCUACGUCCUGCACGAGGACAGCGGCCUGGGAUGGAAAGAUCUGGACUUAAUAUUCUGCGCCGAGCUGAAAGGAGAGAUGGAAUUCCAGAUAGUGAAAGAUAUAGUCCUGGACUCUCUUCUAGACUUCCUGCCCGAGGGAGUGAAUAAAGAAAAGAUUACACCAGUGACCUUAAAGGAGGCCUAUGUGCAAAAGAUGGUGAAGGUGUGUAAUGACUCAGACCGCUGGAGUCUCAUCUCCCUCUCCAACAACCGUGGUAAGAAUGUGGAGCUGAAGUUUGUGGACUCUCUUCGACGGCAGUUUGAGUUCAGCGUGGACUCCUUCCAGAUCCGCCUGGACUCCCUCCUCCUCUUCUACGAGUGCUCCGAGCACCCCAUGGCAGCCACUUUCCACCCCACGAUCCUCGGGGAGAGCGUCUACGGCGACUUCCCCACUGCCCUCGACCACCUGCGCAAGCGCCUAAUCUGCACCCGGAGUCCUGAAGAGAUCAGAGGUGGGGGCCUGCUGAAGUACUGCCACCUGCUGGUACGGGGUUUCCGUGCGGCUUCUGACGCUGAGAUGAAACUGCUGCAGCGCUACAUGUGCUCACGCUUCUUCAUAGACUUUCCUGACGUGGGCGAGCAGAGGAGGAAGCUGGAGUCCUACCUGCAGAACCACUUUGUAGACCUGGAAGACAGGAAGUACGACUACCUGGCCACGCUGUACGAUGUUGUACAGGAGAGCACGGUGUGCCUGAUGGGCCACGAGAGGCGCCAGACACUCAGCCUCAUCUCGUCGCUGGCGCUGCGGGUCCUGGCCGAGCAGAACGCCAUUCCCAACGCUGCAAACGUCACCUGUUUCUACCAGCCAGCCCCUUAUGUCUCAGAUGGCAACUUCAGCAACUAUUACGUAGCACAGGUUCAGCCUGUCUACUCCUGUCCCCCCUCGCCUCCUCAGCCAUACCUUACCCCUCAGCAUCAUCCCAUGUAUGCCACCUGGUUGCCCUGUAACUAAACCUUGUGUACAUUCAUGCACAUUUGUGUAACUGGUGGAACUCAUGCCCACUUAAAAGGGAUGAAUGAUGAUCUUUUUAUCUCUUCUGUGAGAUGCAAAACUUAGGGAAACAAGAAAGGAAGUACAGGAGACAAAAUUAGACAAAGAAUGCAGAUAAAAGAGGAGAAUAAAGGACGAAAGGGAAAUGAGGACAAGGAACGUGGCUAAAGGCAGGGGACCAGAGAAAGGCCUUUCCCCAGGGGGAAGGAUGCCACGACAUGGAGGAGCUGAGCACACAGUGAGAGAUGCCAGCGAGAGAGGCUGACCCAUCAGUUUCACGGCUCUUUUGUCGGAGCCAAGAUCGAUUUGGUAGAGCAAACCACAAGUUGAGCUCAGCCUUGAAGUCAUCAACAGCCGACGUGACAAUAUUUUCCCCCUGCGUCGUGAGUUGCAGCUCACAGGAACUCAAAUUACAAAUAGUGAACAUGUCUAAUAUCCACAUCCUCUUUGCAUUACAAACCAAAAUGGACACAAACAGCACAGCCAUGGAGCGGAAUGCAAGACACGCAUGACAUGAUGAAGAUAUUAAUUUGUGGUCAAACAAUGACAACCCCUGACCUUUUGCAUGUGCUCUGUUGUGUGUGUGUGUGUGUGUGUGUGUGUGUGUGUGUGUGUGUGUGUGUAUGUGUGUGUGUGUAUGUGUAUGUGCAAAAAGAGGAACUGGAUACUGUUUACAAAUCCAAAGAUCUACUUUAAUUCUCAAGUUUAUCUGAACUCUGAAAAAAAAAAACAACAAAACAAUGCAUGCUUUAUUUCUGUACAGGAAUAAUUUUCUUUAAGUGCCUAGAUAAAGCCUAAAGGGAAGAGAUAUUUUUGUGAUUCUUUAUCAUAGAGAACUGUUGAGUUGUCUUAUUGACAUUUUUCAAGGUGAUAAUGAAUGUAUUGAGAGAGUUUACCAAAUGCUGAGUAAGGUCUCUUACACCGAGGAAGGUACUGUAUAGGACCAGCUUUUGACAAUGUUUAGUUGAAGACUGCUCUUAUCUGCAGUCCUGCUGGACGAAUGCACAUCCUGAUUACCAAAGAGGAAGUAACAACAUAAUCUCAUCAUCUCUAGAAAGAGAUGGGGGAGGGGUUGGGGGUUGGAUAAAAAAUGCUUAUUAGAGUAAAAUAGAUGUAAUUGUGAGAGAAAUGUACAGAUUGAGAGAGGUUUGGCUUGAGAGGAUAAACUGCUCUUAUCUGCAGUUUUAUUGGAUUGCAGCAUACUGUGGACCAGUGCACAGCCCGAUAACCAAAAAAGCUAUUUAUCACAGAGAGAAGAUAAUAUAAUCAACAUUUGUGGGGGAUGAAUUGCCAAGAAAGAGGUGUAUUUGGAGUGUGUAAAAGUUUCUCCCAAAGCGCAAUUCAAAAUGGUAUUUCAGCACAUGCUAAGUAUGUCAAAAUGCAUACAUGCUACAUGCUGAAAUGUUUACAUAAUUUGUGUACAAAGGCAUUUUGUCAUCCUGUAUGCAUUAUGAAAGAAGAGAGCUUUCCACAAGAAAAAAAGAAGGUUCAAAAUAUACAUCCACUGCAGUGGCAUCUGAAGAUAUCUGCAUACUUCACAGUGAUACAACAAGCUGUGUGUUUGUCAGAGGGGUGAAGGGUGGAUUGUGUAUGCAAGGACUUUGCAACAGUGUGCAAGCGUACUCCUGCUAGAGUCAGAGACCCAGCAGAUACUUUAUGCACAAAGCUAGAAAAGCUUCAAAGAUGAUGUAAGCUCAGUGAAUGUUGGCCAAUGUACAGUAUUUCAUCCUUGCUUUAGAAAAAAAAAGUCAGCGUUUGAGAUGUGUGGAAAUUUGGCUGCAUGUGCAGUUGACAGCUGUCGAAAGAAAUGUUAUCCUCCUCUUAGCACGGAAAAGUACCACACAAUGAGGAAAUAAUCAAAAAAUGCCGAGUGCAGAUAAAGACAAUCACAUGGAUGUUUGAAUGGCAAUAAGACAAGUUGGCUAGGAACCAAGAUUUUUGAGACGAUCAUGGAAAUAACAGGUGUACAUUUUCAACUUUACAAGUGCAAGAGACUCAGCAUUUUCUCUCAAACAUGUUGUCAGAGCUCCUAUUUUUCUAUCAAUCUCUAUUUUUGUACAGUUUGUGUUUGGCCUGGUGUAGCAGGCAGAUUCAAAGCUGUGUUGUUGGGUCUAAGAGUUUCCUUUCUUUUUUUGUGGCGUGUGCGAAUCUGUGUUUUAUUUUGGCUGAUGAAAAGCAGUGCAGGUGGACACAGUGGCUACACUGAGACACAGAUUUGACUUCUGUUGAGCUGUUUCAUAUGGAUUUCUGUUGCUCCAAAGAGAUUGUUUCACUGUUUUGCGUGUGUUUUUAACUGUCGUCCUGUUUGGACAUGAAAAUACUGAUCUGAUAAAUUUGUUCAAGAUUAUCGACUUGAUAAUUAAAAACAAACUGCUCA